AUUCAGAAACUCUGGGGUUCAAAGCCUUAGUACGCUGCUCGGAGGGCAUGAUGCGCGGUCGUUCUCCACAUCGCCGGACUCGGCGAGCGCGCUGCUCGCUCACAUCAAAGCGAAAAUCAUGGUCCGGGGCGGCCCCAUCUCCAUCUCGGAAUACAUGCAGGACUGCCUUACCAGCCCCCAGGGAGGCUUCUACAUGUCCCGGGACGUGUUCGGAGCCGCCGGCGACUUCGUGACGUCGCCCGAGAUCUCGCAGCUGUUCGGCGAGAUGGUGGGUAUCUGGUGCGUCCACACCUGGAUGGCUCUGGGCCGGCCGCCGCGGCUGGCGCUGGUGGAGCUGGGCCCGGGGCGCGGCACACUGCUGGCCGACCUGCUGAGGGGCACCGCGGCCUUCAAGCCCUUCGCCUCCACGCUGGAGCUUCACCUGGUGGAGAUGAGUCCGGCGCUGCGGGCGGUGCAGUGGCGGGCGCUGGGGUGCGCGCCCGACCCGGCAGCGCAGAAGGCCGCUGACGACCUGGCGCACCUGCGGGCCGGACUGCCGCCGCUGGUGUCGGCGCCAGCCGCGUCGGGGCAGCAGCAGCAGCAGCAGCAGCAGCAGCAGCAGCAGCAGCAACAGGGGCAGCAACAGGGGCAGCAGGGGCAGCGGGGGCAGCCGGGCACGCCCUCACCGCCCUCACCGCCGGGCGGCUACGGCGGCACACCCGAGGUCGGCAUCAGCGGCUUCAACGGGUGCAAGGUGCACUGGCACGCCACGCUGGACGCCGUACCCGACGGCCCCGGCCCGGCGCUGUACAUCGCGCACGAGUUCUUCGACGCCCUGCCCGUACACCAGUUUGUACGGGACCCCGAGGGGCGCCGUGGCUGGCUGGAGAAACUGGUGGACGUACAGCUGGACGAGCAACCGCAGGCGCGGUUGGAACAGCGGUUGGAGCAGCGGUUGGACGAGCCGGGCAGCCAGCCGUCAACUGCUAGUGGCGGCAGCAGCACCACCGCCACCACCAAAACCUCCGCCGCCACCACCAGCAGCAGCAGCACCAGCAGCACCAGCACUAGCAUUAGCACCAAGGAAAGCAACAACGGCGCCGCCGCCGCCGUUGGCAAAGCGGCGGCGGGCGGCGCGCAGCUGAGCAAGGCUGAGGCGGCGGCGGCGGCGGCGGCGGCGGCUGGGGGCCAGCAGGGGCACACGACCGGCAGCGGGCUGCGGUUGGUGCUGUCGCCGGGUCCCACGCCGGCGGCUGCGAUGCUGGUGCCGCGGCGUCUGGCGGGUCUGAGCAAGGAGCAGGCGGAGCAGAUCAACGCCAUUGAGAUCAGCGGUGUGGGUAUGGCUACAGCGGAGCGCCUGGCGCAGCGCAUCGGGCGGCGCGGCGGCGCGGCGCUCAUCAUGGACUACGGCCGAGACGGCGACGCGGCAGCGGGGCCGGGGGGGCAGGGGCCGGGGGGGCAGGGGCCGGGGGGGCCGUACAGCGACAGCCUGAUGGCCAUCCGGGCACACCGCGGCGUGGGGGUCUUGGACGCGCCCGGCACCGCCGACCUGUCCGCCUGGGUGGACUUUGGGGCGCUGCGCCUGGCGGUGGCGGGCGCCCGCACACACGCCGGCGCCGCCGCCACCACCUCCGGCCCCGUCACGCAGGCGGCCUGGCUGCGGGACAUGGGCGUGGGCGCCAGGUUCCAGCAGCUGGCGGCGGGGGCGCGGGAGCCGGCGCAGGUUGAGGUGCUGCGUGCGGGUCUGGAGCGGCUCCUUGACGAGGGCGAGAACGGCAUGGGCCGAGCCUACCAGGUGAUGGCGAUCCACCACACCGACCUCACGCAGCUGGCCGGACUGCCGCCGCCAGAGACGCUGCAGCAGCCGCCGCAGCAGCAGCAGCAGCAGCAGCAGCAGCAGCAGCAGCAGCAGCAGCAGCAGCAGCAGCAGCAGCCGCAACAGCGGUCGGGUGCAGCGGCAGCAAAGGCAGCGGAGUGAGGACCGAGCGAGUGAGUGACGGCGGCAUAGGCUGCCCGACUGCCGACGCGUUACGGAGUCUGGUAAUAGCUGUUGGUGGAAGAUGGUGUUAGGUGGGAGAUGGUGUUAGGUUAACAGACUCAGUUAGGAGGUGUUGAUGUUGGUGGUGGUACUGGUGGUGGUGCUUUGUGCUGUGGGUGCUCGCCGCCGCCGCCGCGUCAGAUGCAGGUGCAGGUGCAGGGGCGGUGGCGCCGUGGUGGGCGCAGCAAGAGCAGCGGAAUGAGGCAGGAGUGCAAGGGCGGGUGGAGUGGGAGCAUGGGCUGGCUGCUGCUGACUGCUGACGCGUUGUGACGCUUGCAGGUGCUGAAAAAAUAGUAUAAUGGGGGUUCUAGGACAGCUCCGACUAACCCCCAACUAACUCAUGUACGGCACCCCAACCCCCCUCAGCCGUACAGGAGGUAGCGUGGUAGUCGGCAGCUGCGCGAGUGUGAGCAGGUAGUUGUACGGCGGCCCGGCUCGGAAGCUACCUGACUGUAGUGACGCACACAGGCAGUUGGUGCUAGUCGGCAGGCGCACGAGUGGGAGCUGACAGUUGAGCACGCACACGUGUGGGAAGCUGCGUCUGAGCACGGUGGAGCACGGCGGAGGCUGGUGGUUGGCGCGGCACGCGAGUGGGAGUGCAUAGUCGUGCGCGCGCCGUCUGGGAAGCUGCGUGUGAGAGCUGCGUGUAAACUCAGAGAGAC